UCCAGUUGCUGGGAGCUGGUUUUCCAUGUGGACAUUUGAUCCUCUAAGUUUCGUUUCUCUGGAAUCCACUGUAGAGGAGAGGAAACGAAAGAGAAGGAGGGAGGGAUAAAAAAGGAGCCCACACAAAUACUGACAGAGUGGAAUCCCCAGGAAAGGGCUCAGAAAACAAGUUACACUGGUUCUGUGGUUCUAGAUAAGGUCUACCCUGCCUUUUACCGCUAAUUUUCUCUCCAGCAAGAUGGACUUGAGUGCAACUGAUGAUUCCAUCUAUCCAGUCACCCCCAUCCUGAGGAUUAUCCUUCUGGGAAAGACUGGAUCAGGAAAGAGCGCCACUGGAAACACUAUCCUUGGAAGGGAGGCAUUCCGUACAGGUGUUUCUCCAUCAUCUGUGACUGAGACAUGCCAAAAAAAAACUGUCCAGUUUGAUAACAGAGCAGUCAGUGUCAUUGACACCCCUGGGAUAUUUGACACAUCAAUGACGGAUGACCGGCUGAAAAGUGAAAUAGAGAAGUGCAUCGGACUCUCUGCACCUGGACCACAUGUGUUCCUGCUGGUGGUCAGGCUGGAUUCGAGGUUUACAAGUGAGGAGAAGAAUACUGUCAAGUGGAUCAAGGAGAACUUUGGUGAGGAUGCGUCCAAGCAUACGCUGGUGCUUUUCACCAAGGGGGAUAUGCUAGAUGAGCCUAUUGAGAAAUACAUAGACAAAAGUCCUGAGCUCAGAGGGGUCAUCAGUGACUUUAAAGCUAGGUAUGUUGUGUUUGACAACACAUGCAUGAAAAAUCACACUCAAGUGGCUGAUCUUUUUGAAAAGAUAGAUGAGAUAGUGUAUCUGAACAGAGGCUAUUACAUCAUCAGUAUAUAUGACGAGGUCCAGAGACAGAUCAGGAGUAGGGAAUGGUGGAACAAGUGUGCAAAUGUUGUGACUACUGUGGGGAGUCAUUUGGCGGUGGGGGCCAUGGGGGCCAUGGGGGCAGCUGUAGCUAGCGCCCCUACAGCUCUAAUGGCAAAGGAAGCAGCAGCUGGAUCCUUGGCAUCAUAUGCAAUGGUCACAGCUGCAGGGAUUUCCAAAACUCUUGGGAGGUGGAUGGGGAAGUGAAGUCCAUUUAUGACACUUCAGUGAGACAUUUGUGAUUCCAUAUUUUGUCUUUAGGUGCAAAGCACAUAUAAUGCAUUUAAUCCUUUACAUGUAUAUCCAUUGUAUUUCUGUACAUUUGUUCUUUCUUGAUUUUAGGGCUGGGUGACAUGACUAAAAAUGCCAUUGAUAAUUAGCACCUUUUUUUUUUUUUUUUUUUUUUUUUUAAAGGCAAAAGUUGGUGCUUGUGAGUAAAAGUUGCAAGAAAUACAAUAAACCAGUCUCAGGACAAUGAAACUUUUCAUGAAUCUGAGGUACAGUAGAACAGGCUGGUUUGUUGCCCAGACCGUUUUUAACUCACUAGCGGCAUUGUACCCACGGUACGAUCGCACCCUCCCAUGGUGCAACAGCAGCAUUGCAGCCAUAUGCCCUCCCGUGCUGCAACAUCGGGACACGCAUCGAACAAAGACACACCGGACACAGAACAUCCAUUAUAGUAGGAUUCUUUCAUGCAUUUCUAUCAAUAAGCCAAAACUCUAGGAGUUUGGAAUAAUAUUAACCUAAAUGGUGAUACUGCUCAUUGUUAUUGGAUGAGUUUUUGUGGAGCAAUUAUAUUUUUGAAUUGCGAGGAAAAUAAAUGAAAUUGAAAAUUGUGAUAACUUCAAAUACAAUUUUCUUGUUUUUCACUGAAAUGGUGUGCUUUAGUAAACAGAAAACUAUAAAAUAAACCAAUAUCAACUUA